GACCCCAUUAGGGACGAAGGGUGUAAGAAAAUGGAUGGAUGGAUGGAUGAAUGGAUGGAUGGAUCUAUACAUUGUUUGUUAGUCUGUAACGUUUGUUCUGUACGCAUUAAUUAAUGAAUAAAUGAAACUGAAAAAAAUUAAAUAAUCUAUAUUUAGUUUUCAAAUCUGUGUAAUAUAUAUUUAGUAUCCCGAUCCACACUCCACUAAACGUUCAGCCAACCGCAAUAAAAAAGAAGAAAAUGGUGAAUCGCAUUUUAGAUGGUUUGUCCCUCGGUUGACUCCGUAGCGGCUGCUCAAACAAAGACGGUAACAAAGGCAGAUUCUGCUUUAAAAAUACAAUGUCUGUCCUGCGCAGAGCCAUAACAUGGGAGAUUUCUGAAUCAGAGGACAGCGAUCACGACCUGAAAUCAGAAUUAAACCGCGAUGAGAGCUCUCAAAAACAAACAGACAGCAGAGGAGAACCGGAGGCUCUCUGCUCCGAGGAAAAACCCACAAAUCUGCCGACUUCACCGGCUAAAAGUGACUCCAGAGUCGCUCUAUCUCUUCCGGAGGCAUUCGGCGGCACCCCGAGCCCGGCACGCAAACGCCGCACCAGGGAGGAGAUUGAGGCGGCCAGGCUGAAAGCCAAGGAGCGGAAGGAGGAGAGGGAGCGGCAGAGAGCCGCUAGAGCCCGGGAGAAGGAGGAGAGGAAGCGGGAGCAGCAACGGAGGAGAGAGGCGGCGGAGACCCUGAAGAGCCUCCGGCCAGAGAACUGCAUCAAGAGCCUGACCGUCUGUAUAGAACCAGACCUUCUCCAACAUGACGGCUCAGACAUUUUGCUGGACACCCUGGCCAUGUUGGAGUGGAGGUUCACUGUUGAGAGCCAGCGUUUGUCUCGCAGCAUCACCUGGACCAGAGAUCUGCCUCAGCAGGUAGAAGACAGUCAGGCCCGUGUGGAGGAGGAGGAGCAGACGGUUCUGAUCUUGACUCUUGCUGACUUUGUGGACGUUGUGAUCUCCGUUAAAGAAAUGGUGGACAGCGAUGGGGAGGAGACAGGGACGGUCCUCAGUCCCCUCUUGGAGUGUCUCAACCGGAAUAAGGUGGUCACCAUGUUGGUGACGGACUUUGAGUCGGAUCACUGGAUGAAGGAAUAUUUUCCAGAACAGAUGCUGCGGACAAAACUGGGGAUGAAGGAUCAGGAUGUGGAGGAGGUUCUUGUUUACCUCCAGCUCUAUAAAAACAUCUCUGUGGUUUUCCUGGAGAGCUGGCAGGACAUCACCGACCAUGUGUGUGCCGUCACCAAGGCUUUGUCAAAACGCCCCUUUAAACUCCUGACAGAGCGGACCGAACUGCCGUUCUGCGUGGACGGUUCGUGGGCCGGCGGGGCUCGGGUUGGGAGCGACGGUUCGGGUCUGAGGGAGGUCUGGGUCCGGCAGAUCCAGCAGCUGAACAGGGUGAGCCCGGCGGUGGCCGCCGCUGUGGCCGAGGCCUUCCCGUCUCCGCGGAUCUUGUUGCAGGCUUACCAGAACUCUGGUUCUGAGGCGGAGAAGAAGGGCAUGCUGGCUGGGCUCUCGGUGAAAACAGAAGGGAGAGAAAGAAGAGUUGGACCGGAUAUUUCAGCCAGAAUGUACCGGAGCCUCACCGCGGAAAACCCUCAGCUGGUUCUGGACUGAUCGGCCCAAUCUGGAAACCAUGCAGAACUUUUUAUGGAAAAGCAAAUCUACUUCCCUGGUUCAAUGUUAAAAUGUAUGACAGAGUAUUAGGGCCGUUGUACAUAGAAAAAAGGAGGAGUAAAUUUCCGCCCAAACAAUCCAGGAAAUUUCUGAGUUUGAAAACUUGAAAAUGACAUUUUGACAUUGACCUCAGAAAAAAAAAAAAAAAAUUUCAAUUUUUGAAACUCAGAAAUCUCCAAGAUCUUUAUAUUAAAAAAAUCUUUAUCUUAAUCUCCAAAUUUUCUAGAAACGAAAACAGGGAAAUGUUUGAGUUUUAAAAGUCAAGAAGUUUUUAAAAGUCAAAUUUUGUGAUUAAUUCUUAGAUUAAUCACAAAAUUUCUGAAUUUUAUUCCUAACAGAUUUUUUGACUUUUCUAUCUACAAUGGCCUUAAGACACAGUUGUAGAAAUCUAACACUAAUUAUGUAUGUAAAUAAACAAAUAAUGUCUAUUUUAAUGAAGAAUGAAAAUGAGCUGGUUUUCCAAACACAGGUACCUCCAUAUUACAUACAUUUACAUGGAAAUUAUUCAAUAAAAGGGGCUAAAACAAAAGUCUUUUGCUUGGAUUUAGAUCUUUUUUUAAAGUUCACAAUUAGAAAAGAAGGAAAAAGGUUAAAAGUAUACAAUGAUUUUUAUUUCCUUGAACUUUUUCACUUGUUUUUGUGAUAAACAACACAAAGAAGUAACUAACUCACAAGUCAACCCUUUGCAUUAUUCUUGCAUACGCCCCUCAGUGUCUAUUGGCUCCGCCCACUUUUUAGAUUUUUAUGCAAUAUUUGGGGGCAGAGUUAUGCUUUCACAGCAGGGUUAGUUAGACUUUAUCCAUGAAAUGUAAGGAGAAUUUAAAAAAAACAUUUGAAAAUGUUUAAGAGGUACAAAAACGUGGUCAAUAAAAACUGAAACUAUAAACAAAACUUCAUUACUUUUGUGUUUAUUUUUACAGGACUGUAAGAAAGUUCACAGUCAAGUUGUUAGCAAUAAAUAGAAAAACAGUAUCAGGACAAUCUCAUCUGAUAUUCAGUUCAAAGAUUAAAAAAACACACACUUAUAAAAAGACCUUUACAGUAUUAUAAACAGUCUAUCCCCGAGUUUCCUCUUGCUUUUUCAGAUCCGAUCUGCCUUUUCCAAAGGCAUUAGCAGUGGCAUUUUAAAGAUAAAAAAUAACAUCUAAAUAAAAACACAAACAGGCUAAAACAGGAUGUUCAAAUCAAGAGAAGUAGGAGCUGACGGUUGGGCCUGCUGCAAUAAAAAAUAAAUCAAUCACAUAAUAAAUUAAAACAAACCCCUUAAUUUCCAUUUGCAUUAUUUUUCUCUUUUCUUUCUUUUUGGCUGAUAAAAGUCUUCAGUUUGGUGUUUAGGCCUCAACUAGCCUCUUUAUUUAAGGACAAUUUCAUUUACAGAAUCUUGAUAAUUCAUCUUAUUGGUAGUUUUGUUUAUUUAUUUUG